GCUCUCUCUGUCACAUGACUGCAGAAAGAUGGCGGCCUUGUCAGCGGAGCAUUUCGUGGCGCUCCAGAGCCUGCUGAAGGCCUCCUCGAAAGAUGUCGUCAGACAGCUGUGCCAGGAAAGCUUUUCCAGUUCAGCCCUUGAUUCAAAAAAGCUCCUGGAUAUUACGUGUUCCGGCUUGUCUGUGACGCAGGAGGAGGCAGAGCAAUUGCUCCAGGCUCUGCACCGCUUCACUAGGCUGGUGGCCUUCCGGGACCUGUCCUCUGCCGACGCGAUUCUGGCUCUCUUUCCAGAAAAUUUCCACCAAAACCUCAAAAACCUGCUGACAAAAAUCGUCCUGGAGCAUGUAUCUACUUGGAGAACUGAAGCCCAAGCAAACCAGAUCUCUCUGCCACGCCUGGUGGACCUGGACUGGAGAGUGGAUAUCAAAACCUCCUCAGACAGCAUCAGCCGCAUGGCCGUCCCCACCUGCCUGCUCCAGAUGAAGAUUCAGGAAGAUCCUAGUCUGUGUGGAGACAAACCCUGCAUCUCGGCUGUGACCAUGGAACUGAGCAAGGAAACACUGGAUACCAUGUUAGAUGGUCUGGGCCGAAUCCGGGACCAGCUUUCUGCUGUAGCCAGUAAAUAGGCCAACCAGCUGCUGACCUGUGGAGGUGCGGUACUCACCACACGGGCUGAGGUGGGCACGCAGCAGGACGGAGACGCCGCUGCUCUUCAGAAAGCACAGUGGGGGGAAGGAAGCCGUGGCCAUUCUUUCUCUUCCUGAUGAUGAGCAGAAGCUCCCACCUUUGAGAAGGCCUUGUGUGAUGCUGACGUACUGCGCGGGUUGUGUGAGGGAGCACGUUCUUUAUAUCAGCUUCCUGAGCAGGCUGCUGUGGAAAACUUGGGCCCAAACUGGGGAGCUUACCUCCAGCAUUACCUCGGAGGAGUUCAUUGCCCGCCCUGGAACACAUGGGGUGAUUGGGGGUGAUCCCAGCAGCGCCUGCUCGCCCUUCAGAGAAGCCGCACCACAGCACAGUCCCGCAGAGCUUUCCCUGAGCCUGCAGCCCUCCUGGGCCACAGCUCCAAUUCAGAAAACUAAAACAUGGUAUUUGCCACUACUCCUGAGCGAGAAAGUGGAAAGAAUUGGAAAUAAAUAACAGUCUUUUAUUCUG